AUGGGCAGACUCAGGCAGACUUCGAUCAAUCAAUGCAAGGGCCAAUGUGGUGAGAAAUUAAGAGAGGCCGAGGCCGAGGGCAGGGUCAGCAACUACGGCUGCAUGGGGCUUUUCCCACUUGACAAGCCCAUCCCUUGGAUAGAAAUCAGCGGUUUCCCUAGCCGCAUAGCUCCAGGCAAAUGCGUCUGCGAUGACAUGCUGAUAAAUACCAUCGCCGAGUCUGUCAUUGAGGCCAUGCCCAUGAUCGCUGCAGCCGCGUGUUUUAUGCUAAUGUCGGCGGUGAAGCUGGUAGUUGAUGUCGGAGCAAAGUUCAUCCCUGGAGUGGGCAGGGUAAUUGAUGCUGGCUUAAAUAUGGCCAUGACUGCUGCUCGAAUGGCCUCUUAUAUCUAUCCAGACGGAGAGGAUCCCGCGGGGGCCUUUAACUGGUGGCUUAGCCCAUGCGGUGGCGAGAGCAAUCUUGUGCCAGAUGACAUUAAGAAAGCAUUUGAGAUUCUAAACGCUGUUACUGACGGCGUAUCUGGUUUCAAGCCACCCAAGAAGAUAAAAAAAGGCAGUGGAAAGAAGGGUGACGACGGUAAUCCCACCAACCAACAGAAACCUCGCACGCUCAAUAAUGGCGGCGGCGGCGGCGGCGGCAACGGGGGUGGCAACAAAGGCAAUAACAAGAAUAACAAGACGAAGCGUUGCAAGAUUAGGAAAGGGUAUUCCACCAGACGACUUGGCCGUUACAAGAAUACCGUCCAGUUUCAAUCCUGCGUUCAAGACAAGACCAUGACGGAAAACUUGGUCAUCACCUCGGCACACUAUCAUGUCAAUGCCAAGCCCACCGAUGUAGUCAAAGUAUGCCCCAAGAAAUAUACCCAGGCAUGCUACCACUACAGUUCUGCUACGAGAGUCAGCCCUCAAUGGGCAACCAUUACCUGCCCUCCGGAAGCUGCCAAACCCAACUGGCGACAGGACGGCGAGGCGACUGCGACUUGGGCAACACAGCAUGGCGGUACCGGGUGGAAAGAUAUAGCACACCGAGAGGAGCCCCAAUGUGACAGGGACGAGUAUCCACCAGCAUAUCUCCUGAAUGAGCAAGACGACGCUUUGAAAUGGGGUGGCAAGCCGCAGGGCAAUGGGCAGCUCGUCCGCUUCCUUCCCGCCAAACAAAACCAGGGGGCCGGGAAACUUUGGCAGGGAGCUUGCUCUGAGGGACCUGUAGGGGACAUUUCAGACAUGGACUUGAUAAAUCGAGUUAGGAAUGCGCCAGCUAAACUGCAGAGCGUUUCCAAGGACGCUUCUAGAACCCUCACCAAAGCCGAGGUCACGGUUACCCAAAGACCACAAUGGCAUAUGGAGUUUGAACACACGGUAAACCCACUGCCGAAUGAUGGCUUGAACGAUAACCCAUGUUGGCCAUCCAAGAUUGCGCCGCAGGAUCCGGGCUUUGCUUUACUCACGUUUGACCCUUAUUACAUCUCACUAUACGGAAAGGAUCAAACUAAAACAAAACACCCGUAUACGUACGAUGCGCCCUAUAACCCCCCAGCUAAUGGCCGCAGUGCGAAAGCAAUCUAUACCGUCUCGGCUGACAAAUACCCAAAGGCCCUCCUCACUGGCACCAGUUUGCCCAACUCUCGCGACUCAAUGGCGGCAUUCCUUACCGCCUUUGAUAUCCCCAAGCCUGCAAACUCAGUCCACUCCGAUCAAGCUGCUUCAUUGGUCGAUUCCAAUUCUGGGCUGCCUAAUUCUCGUAGUUGCGUCACCUGCCGCCGUCGAAGAGUCCGAUGUGACAGGCACCAGCCUUGCUCCAACUGCGACCGCGCUCACAUUCAAUGCGUCUUUCCGCCUCCGCAGCGUGCUUCUCGUCGGACGAGACAAGUAAACCACGACACGCCCGAAUUGAACCCUAGAGCUUCAGAGAUUGAACUUAUGAAGCGUCGUCUGCAGAAACUUGAGAACAUUGUUACCCAGCUCAGUGGACAUGUCGAAGUCAACAGGGAAACUUGCGGCCCACGACCCUCCAGCGGCUACGUGUCUUCGAAAGUUACCGACCCUGAUGCGACCAAUAGUACGGGCGUUGCCAGCCGGCAAGAAUCAAAUAUCAUUGAAGGUGAGGCAGCUUGGAACGAAGAUGUAGCUCCAGAACUUGGCCGAACAGACCCGGGGUUGAUAGAGACACAAAAUGCGGUGCUGCCGGCUGAUUUAGCCGACCAAUUUGGACGUUUGGUUGUGCACGACAAUGGAAGCACUGGACAAUACAUUAGCAGCGCUUUCUGGUCCAAAUUGAAUGACGAGCUUAAGCAUCUCCAUACCGAUAUGUAUUUCCUGAAUAGUGUUCCUGAUACCUGUUGGGAUAACACUUCCUCCAACCAAUCUCCGAGACAGGUCUCGUGUGUGGUCUCAGAUCGCCAUAGCAUUCCCUUUGGAUUUGGUUCCAUGGACGUGGAUCUACAAGCACUACGCCCUAGCGAAGCAGAAAUAUCCAUUUUAUGGAAGACUUAUCGAGAGAACAUUGACCCUAUUCUCAAAAUCUUGCAUAUACCCUCCAUGGAAAAGGUAGUGCGCAGAGCAAGGAGGAGUCCUAGCAGUCUGGAACCGGGGAGCGAAGCUCUUCUAUUCGCAGUCUACCACGCUGCCAUAGCGUCACUAGAGGAUGAAGAGGUGCAAUCGAAUUUCAAGUCAUCCAAGCCACACCUUUUGGGCAAGUACAGGUUCGCUUUAGAGCAAGCACUUGUCAGAGCCGAUUUUCUCAAUAUCCUCGACAUAACGCUUGUGCAGGCGUUUACCAUAUUUCUCACCCUCGUGCGGCGGCAAGAUAAUACGAGAUUUUGCUGGACUGCAGUAAGUCUUGUUAUAAGGAUGGCCCAAGGACUAGGAAUUCACCGUGAUGGGACCAAAUUUGCACUUGUUCCGUUUGAAGUUGAGAUGAGACGUCGCCUAUGGUGGGCAAUUUGCACUCUAGACUUGAGAUCUGCAGAGGAGGCAGGAACGGGUCUCAUCAUAGGCAACUCUUCAUUUGACACCAUGUUGCCAUUGAACAUCAACGACACUGAUAUUAGCCCGGAAAAGAAGGAAGCGCCGAUGCCCAGAGACGGUCGAUCAGAUUGCUCCAUUUGUCUCGUUAGGUAUGAGGUAUGCGCCGUUUCUAGACGCUUGUACUUUGCAAGCACCGAGCCACGGCCAGCUGACGCAGAUACCGUCGGACUGAACUUGGAGGAGCGCGAAAAGAUGCUGAUUGAAGUCAAAAAUCGAGUCGAGCAAAAGUUUCUGCGAUACCAAGCUUUCACAGAGGACUCAUUGGGUUGGAUGGUGGCCAUCAUCGCACGCUUAAUCAUGGCCAAGAUAUGCUUGGCCAUAUAUCAUUCCGCCCUCUUCCCUGGUAUCAGUCCCGAACUGUCAAAAGAUAUGCGAGAUCGAUUGUACAUCUCAGCGAUUCAAAUCAUGGAGUAUUACCAUAUUCUGUCGACGGAUGAGCGCUGCCGGCAAUGGCGAUGGAUCAUACAAACCUACCGGCAGUCCCAUGCUGUUGCCUAUGUGCUCAUGGAAACUUCUCAAAGGCCGUGGACGGCAAUGUCUGAGCGUGCCUGGGAAGCUGUAAACCCAUUGCGCCGCGACGGCCAAGCCAUGAAUUCCACCGCUGAACCGGAUCCAACUAUUGCGGGCGAUACCGCCGGCAUUCGCAUGCCUCUAGGCCGACUCUUCACGAGGAUGGAGAGUCACCGAGAAGCUGAAAUCCUACGUAUCAGGUCCAACCCUGUGUCAGCCCAUGAGUCAGAUGGUCAGGAUCGCAUGAGUGCGUUUUCGAAAUGGCUCGAUUCUGCCCCUGGGCUUGAGUCCAGAUUACAACAGAUAGACAACCGCUGGCGAAGGUUGGUCCAGCAAGAACGCUCUGAACCUUGUUAUCCUUCCGCCACAACCCCCACGCCCUGGACUGAGCUACCCGCUAUGGCUACAUGGCAGCCGGAAGCUGCCGUUUCGUCAGGCCUAUGGGGGGAUCAGUUGAAGUUUCAAGAAGCUACCCACUCUCUGAGCCUCAAUCCGUCCGAACAAUGGCUAUACGACUUCGGGAUCACUAACAAGCUUAUAUCAUUGGACACAAACAGCUAUGUGGCUCCUUGUGCUUAUACUGCCAGUGAUGUUCCACUCGAGCCACUGGCCGGGAUCGCCAGCAUCCCGGAUACAAGAGCGGUUUCCAAUUCACAUAUCUCGUUACAUGCUAAACAGACAUCACUAGCUUAUGGCGAGAACAUGUCGGCUAAUGAGUUCCGUCAUGACACGCAGCCGUGGUUAUGGCCUAGCUUUCCUCCAAUACCGACUGAGGAGACUGCCACAGGAUUAAUCAACAGAGAUGUAGGCACAAGUUUUAAUGAGACUAAUUUGGAUAACUGGCAAAGAAAUUUGUAG